UUAGAGAUGAGUUCCUGUGGUGGGUCUCUGGUCCAGCCAGCCCGGCCUGGCAGGGUUCUGGUGAGCGAGCUGAGCUGUUCUGGGAGGAUCAACCCCAGUCCUGCCACUAAUAACCACUAUAACCCCUGCGAGGACGCGGCAGAGCAGCUCUCCCUUUCUCCAGAGAGGCUGAAAUUGCUGUGUGGAACUGAGGACCUCUCUCAUGUAACGUCAUUGGAAGUCUGCAUAAACACCCAAGAAAACACACUGGGUAACUUCGGUAUCUACUUGCCCAGAUUAGUGCAACUCAAAAUGAACGACAGCUUGAUCGCGUCAGUUAGAGACUUGGGAACAAGCCUCUCAAACCUGCAGGUGCUGUGGAUGACUUGCUGCUCCCUAAAAGACUUAGAUGGCAUUUCAACUUUCUCUUGUCUUAAGGAACUGUACAUGGCUUAUAACAGUGUGUCAGACUUGGGUCAGGUUACCAUGCUGGAGAACCUGGAGCUGUUAGAUCUGGAAGGGAAUAAUGUAGAUGACCUUAUCCAGGUUCAAUAUCUUGGUUUUUGUCCCAAACUCCAUACACUUACCCUGGAAGGAAACCCUGUGUGUGAACGUCCAAAUUCCACUUCAACUCAGAUGACAGACUAUAGUUACAGGGCAGCAGUGAGGGAGAUGGUCCCUCAGCUGCGUUACCUGGACGAUGUAAAGGUGGAGGAGGACAGGCUGAGAUGCUAUAGUAUCAAGGGGGAAGACUGGGACAUUCUCAGAAACUCAAUUAAGGAGUUUAACUCUUCUAAGGCUGCCGUGGAGACAGCGGAUAGCGUGGGCCCCUACAGUGAGCAAACCUCUGCUAAACGCCCUUCUUCCAGUCCUUCCUGCAUCAGGCCCCUGACAGGAACAGGUGUCAGACCUCUCCCUGGCUGCAGACCCGUGUCAGCGAUGCGGCCAGGGCUUCUGUCCUCUGCUGGAUCUAGAGCUGGUUCUUCACAUUUUGAUCUAGCAGCAGUGGAAGCAGAAACCAGCAUCCUUAUGCAUGGAGCUGGCAAGAUCUUGUUCUGUGGUAACCCAGUCCAGGCUAUUCGAGCAAGGCGACAAAAGUUGAGGACAGCUCCUACCAGAUCAAUUUUAACCCCUCGAGACCUGCCUAUCCACAUACCAGAAAACACUUGUGACCUCAAGGACCUUGAUUUUGGAGAAUGCAAGGAUAUCAUUGCUGAGCUGAAGGCCUGGAGGGAACGGCAUAGCAACUUGAGGCAAUACAGAAAGAAAGAUUGCCGCAAAUUUUGGUUAUUCACCAUGAUGCUGAAGAAGAGACAGAUUGUAUUGAAGAUGAAGACAGUAGUGAUGAAAUACGAUGGGAGGACAAACACUGUGACAGCGUAGACGCUGCCUCAUUAGAUUCUACUCUCCAGUCUCUUU